AUGGCUGACGACGACGACUUCAAAUUUGCAGACUACACGGACAGGAUCUCGGCAUCAAGAGAGCCAGACGUCGAGGCGAUAGACCCAGUCGGGGACGUGGCCCACCUCACACAAGCCUGGGUCGACGAGAGAGCUGCACCAGAACUACUCCAGUACCAGGAACAAUGUAUUCAGAGGCUACUUGCCAAGAUUGAGGAACAGACAUUGGUCGUUGAAGAACUGGAUCCUAGGAACGACACAUCGGUGAUUCUUUCCAUCCUAUACCAGACCGAGCUCGAACGCGUCAAGUUUGUCCUCAGAAGCUAUCUCCGGACAAGGAUAUCUAAGAUUGAGCGGUUUUGCGCGUAUGUUCUCAAUGACGGACCUACAAGGAAGCGAUUGUCAAGAGCAGAAUUGCACUAUGCCGAAAAGUAUGUUUCACAACCCAUCUUGGACGAAGCAGUGUUUUGUAGGAUUACUGAGGACAUUGGCGAUUAUCAACUAGACGAGUAA